AUGCUACUUUCUUCACCUGUGCUUAUCCAAGCUAUCGAAAAUUAUGAGGUGGAAAAAACUUUAACUCAAAGAUACAUACCUUUACCCAUAUCCGAGGAAUUUCUGCAUAAUUCAACCAGUCAUUUACCAGAAUUUCUUAUCAAUAUCAUGAGAGUCAUUAAUUUGUCUUACGUUUCGGGAUACAUCAUAGUAUUGGCUCAUAUAAAGGAGUGGGAAUGUGUUCGAAAUACUGGUACCCUAACAGAAGACCAACAACACCUCUCAUCAGACGCUAUAGAUUCAUCUCCGCAAACUGAACUACUAGAAGAGAAUGGAUGCAAUUCCUUUGGAAAGGUUGUUUUGGACGAAAACGAAUUGCUCACAAUGAUAAAUGAACACAAACCAAUUUAUUUUAUUACAUUACGUCUAGGUUUGCCAAUUUUUAAUACUGAACUGAACCGUGCAGUAUGUGCACAAAUCUCUAAUCAAAACUUACUAUCUACUAGUAAUCGUAAUCAUCUAGAAGAAACUAAUCGUUUUCUUGUUAAAGAAUUUGAAAGAUUCAUGUUUGAAGAUUGCUUUGCUCUAUUACCCAACCGAAAUCAAUCCAGUUAUUCGACGCUAGUGACUAGUUCUGGCGGUAAUCUCCCUGAUAAUUGGCCUCUGCCUACAAAGAGUGUUAUUUGUGCAAAUGGAACUUUGUCUUUUAUUUAA